AUCAGUCCAGCUUUUACUGUCUGGAAAUGACCUGCUCAGACUCUGUCAGACUGGUGGACGGGACUGGUCUGUGUUCAGGCAGACUGGAGGUGAGGUCUGACCAGCGCUGGUCCCCAGUGUGUGAGGAGGACUUGGACCUGCAGGGUGCUCAGGUGGUCUGCAGGGAGCUGGACUGUGGGGCUCCUUCAGUCUUCAAGGGGGGAAUGUUUGGAGGAGUGGAGGCUCCGUUCUGGACUAAGAAGUUCCAGUGUGAAGGCCACGAGUCUGCUCUCCUGGACUGUCCAGACUCAGGGUUGACUGGAAACACCUGUCCAGCUGCUACAGCUGUUGGCCUCACCUGCUCAGACCCUGAUGAUGAAGUCCGGUUGGUGGGAGGAUCCAGCACCUGCUCUGGUAGACUAGAGAUCAAAUACCAAGGAGAGUGGAGACCAGCAGAUCCCCUGUACCCUUCCUGGACUCUAAAGGUCACAGCUGUGAUUUGUAGAAGACUGGACUGUGGCUCUGCUGUUUCAUCUAGACAGAUAGAGAAAUCCACUUACAGACCUGUGUGGGAGAUCGACCCUGACUGUGUAGAGUCUAAAUCUACAUUAAAGGAAUGUGUGACAACAGGGGAUCGACUCUGUCAGACUGGUGGACGGACUGGUCUGUGUUCAGGCAGACUGGAGGUGAGGUCUGACCAGCGCUGGUCCCCAGUGUGUGAGGAGGACUUGGACCUGCAGGGUGCUCAGGUGGUCUGCAGGGAGCUGGACUGUGGGGCUCCUUCAGUCUUCAAGGGGGGAAUGUUUGGAGGAGUGGAGGCUCCGUUCUGGACUAAGAAGUUCCAGUGUGAAGGCCACGAGUCUGCUCUCCUGGACUGUCCAGACUCAGGGUUGACUGGAAACACCUGUCCAGCUGCUACAGCUGUUGGCCUCACCUGCUCAGACCCUGAUGAUGAAGUCCGGUUGGUGGGAGGAUCCAGCACCUGCUCUGGUAGACUAGAGAUCAAAUACCAUGGACAGUGGAGACCAGUGGAACCUCAGUACUCUUCCUGGACUCUAAAGGGUUCAGCUGUGAUUUGUCGAAGACUGGACUGUGGCUCUACUGUUUCAUCUAGAGAGAUAGAGGAAUCCUCUCGCAGACCUGUGUGGUGGAUCAACCGUGGUUGUUUAGAGUCUAGAUCUACAUUAAAGGAGUGUGUGAGCACAGAGGGUCGGUCCAGGUCUUCUGGUCUAGAAAUGACCUGCUCAGACUCUGUCAGACUGGUGGACGGGACUGGUCUGUGUUCAGGCAGACUGGAGGUGAGGUCUGACCAGCGCUGGUCCCCAGUGUGUGAGGAGGACUUGGACCUGCAGGGUGCUCAGGUGGUCUGCAGGGAGCUGGACUGUGGGGCUCCUUCAGUCUUCAAGGGGGGAAUGUUUGGAGGAGUGGAGGCUCCGUUCUGGACUAAGAAGUUCCAGUGUGAAGGCCACGAGUCUGCUCUCCUGGACUGUCCAGACUCAGGGUUGACUGGAAACACCUGUCCAGCUGCUACAGCUGUUGGCCUCACCUGCUCAGACCCUGAUGAAGUCCGGUUGGUGGGAGGAUCCAGCACCUGCUCUGGUAGACUAGAGAUCAAACACCAUGGAGAGUGGAGACCACUGGAUCCUCAGUACUCUUCCUGGACUCUAAAGGGUUCAGCUGUGAUUUGUCAAAGACUGGACUGUGGCUCUGCUGUUUCAUCUAGAUGGAUAAAGGAAUCCUCUGACAGACCUGUGUGGAGGAUCACCCCUGACUGUGUAGAGUCUAGAUCUACAUUAAAGGAAUGUGUGACAACAGGGGAUCCAUCCAGCUAUGAUGGUCUAGAAAUGACCUGCUCAGACUCUGUCAGACUGGUGGACGGGACUGGUCUGUGUUCAGGCAGACUGGAGGUGAGGUCUGACCAGCGCUGGUCCCCAGUGUGUGAGGAGGACUUGGACCUGCAGGGUGCUCAGGUGGUCUGCAGGGAGCUGGGCUGUGGGGCUCCUUCAGUCUUCAAGGGGGGAAUGUUUGGAGGAGGGGAGGCUCCGUUCUGGACUAAGAAGUUCCAGUGUGAAGGCUACGAGUCUGCUCUCCUGGACUGUGGAGGAUCUGGCUCAGGUAGAAACACCUGCUCACCUGGUAAAGCUGUUGGACUCUCCUGUGAAAAUCCAGAUUAUAUCAGGUUGGUGGGAGAGCCCAGCCGGUGUGCAGGAACACUGGAGAUGAAACUCAAAGAAGAGUGGAGACCUUUGGCAGAGAAGGAAUCUGACUGGGACCAGAGGUCUGCAGCUGUAGUCUGUACAAUCCUGAAAUGUGGUUCUGCUGUUUCAACAAGAGUGGAACAUGAUGAUGAAAGACCGGUGUGGGGGAUCAGAGGUUCCUGUGUCCAGACAACGUCUUCUCUGUUCCAGUGUGUAGAUCAUGAAUCUGGUUACACCAGCAGGGGCCUUGAGGUGAUCUGCUCAGAUUUGCUUGAAAAGCCAAACAUCACCUUCUCCUUCUCCACUGACGGGGUCUCCGAGGCCACGCCGCAGGGCUACCAGGCCCUCAUUGGCACUAGCUUCAACAUCACGUGCUCCAUCAGACCUCAGUAUGAAGGAGGAGAUUUCCAGCUCAUCUUCUCUGACUCCAUCACAACACAGAGCUACACCCAGACAGCUGUCAACCAUGCUGCCCACUUCCUGUUUCCUCCUGCAGACCAGAGCCACGGAGGCCAGUACAGCUGUGUUUAUCACCUCCAUGUUUUCUCCCAGACCUUCUCCUCAGAGAGCCAGACUGUCUCUCUCACUGUUGGAGACCCUCUGAGAGACCUGAUCAUCAGAUGUGUGGUCCUGAUUGGUGGUCUGCUGACGAUCAUCACUGCCCUCUACUGCUGCUAUAAGGUCAAAACCAAGCAGCAACCUCCGGUCCUGAAUAAUGAAGUCAACGUGGAAAUGCAAAUACUUUCAACACCGCAAGAGUCCACUUGAGGCUGGCUGCAGGAACAGUCCAGUCUGGACUCCAGUUAAACAGCUGGUUUUUAC